CACAAUUAUUCUUUUCCGAGUCUAAUUAACUGCAUUAAAAUAUUUUUGUUAGAAUCUGCGGCUUCUGUGAGCUUUAUAGAACUUUACAGUCUGGUUUGUCAGAAAAAAACGUGAAAAGCACCGAUCUGACAGUUGCUACAGUUUUCUGUUGUUUGAUUGUUUUCCAGUGCCGCUGCUGUAUUAGGCCUACUUUACUAGAAGUCUAGAACUAUUUGUGGCGCUUUAACACUGCGCAGAAAUGUUCGAGACGUCCAGCAAUUCCUCACCAAAAGGCGGGUGUUUUAUGCAAUCAUUCUGCGCUUUGCACCUGAUUUGUGGCUUAGCCGGCGUAGUGAUAAUCACCUAUGGAGAUCUCAGUGGCCCAAUCGUCUGGAUGCCAAUCACUCUGGCAGUUUGGUUUGUCGUGGUCAGCUGCACUACUAUGCUUUUACUGCUAGCCCACCCCGGAUUACGACCCGUCCUAGUGUCCUUAGCUCUCAUGAUAUUCGGCCUCUUUUUGGCUGUGGGAACCAUAGCCGAUGCGAUCCGGACGGAAGGCACCAUACCAAUCUUCUUCACCACCUUUUCCAUUGCCUUUGGCUUUUUGUAUAUUCGUAUGGACACUUGUUUGAUAAUACGAGCGUCUUUCCUGUUAAGGGACUACGCUGCAGUCAGAUGGUCGACGCAUAAUUCUGUCAGCGCAGCGCCUAGUGGUGGACGGUGGCUAACACGGGAUCUUCCACCGCCUUACGAGGUUGUGGUUAUCGGAAAACCGCCGCUUUCCGCGCCUCCGGCAUAUUCCGACGUUGUCUUGCAUUUGUAAUUUAAGCAUCCAUCUUGAAUGCAGUCAUGAUCUCUUUAUUUGUAGUUUUCCCAUUCUGUCUUUGCAUCCGUGGUCGAUUCAUGUAAAUUACCAUUAAAUUUUUUGCAAUUGUCAAGUGUUAUCUUGUGUUAGCUGUGGUACAAUGCAUCUAUAAGCUGAACUUGACAACAACGGUUACAGUACUGGUUAUUUGCGAGAAGA